UGUAAAGUCUGCAGGAACAUUUCAGUCAGUUGAGCACCUUUUGUACUCUUUUAGUAAUCACUGUUUUUAUGAGGGAGCUGCACAGUUGGCACUGUUGUCCUACAGCUAGAAGAUCCCCGGUUCUAAAUCAGCUAGGAUAGGCUCCAGCCUCCUAAUGAGGAUUAAGCAGUGUAUAGAUAAUGUAUAGAUGAAGGACAUAUAGCAGAAUGACGGUUUGGUGCUGUAACAGUGUAGCUGUAGACUGGGAAGCAACUGUCAGUGUGUGAUGUGAAUAAAGAAGAGGUUCAGGCCGGCUGCUAUGGCAAGGAGGAUGUUUAUGCUGCUACCAGGGAACUGUACUGAGCUCGAAGAAACACAGUGCGGCAGGAGAGAAGUUGCUUUCCUUAAACUUUCAAUUCAAACUUCUAGAAUUCCCUCAAAUUUUAAAAGUUUAACACCAUGUCAGCGGUGACCAGUCAGCCUCUUCCCCUCGGUCAACUUGAGCGGGAGAAGCACAUCCAGAUGAUCUUCAGAGCGUUUCACAACCGCUGUGCUCCCUCCUGUGAGUGCCACCAUAAGCCUAAUGACUGGGAAUCUGAAGAGCAGCUGUCAGGCCUGACUCCUGAGAGGAAGAUGGAGAAUGGCUACAUGCAGCCACCAGGAAAACUGAGGAGUCCAGGGGUGGAGGAACAGAAGGCUGAAGGGGCAACGGGUUCACAUUUUAUGUCUGUACUGGAAACACUCAGUCAGAUUCAUAUCACUGCCAGACCAGAGCUGCAAGGUCCACAGUGUGUUUCUAGGAGGGUCUACAGCAUCGCCUCAGGAGGCAGCAGGUCACAGCUGUUUGUGGCUGUGGAAGAGAGUUCUUGUGUUUGCCUCCAGUGCUGUGGUCCAGCUCGGGCCUGUUCCUUAAAGGGCUUUGACUGUCACGGCCGCCAGGUCUUUUAUUUUGAAAGGCCCUUCAGGGUGGACGCAUGCUGCUUUGGUUGCUGCCUGAUGGAGAUGAGAGCUUACUCACCCCAUAAACAUCUCAUUGGCACUGUUUGCCAGAGGUGGAGCAUGUUCACCCCUCUCCUGGAAGUCUGCGAUUCAGAAGGAGCAUCAACACUCAGAAUCCAGGGCUCCUGCUGCCCGAGCCGGUGCUUCUCCAGCCAGCAGUUCCAAAUUGUCUCCAACAUUGGUGAGAAAAUAGGCACAAUAUGGAAGAAAUGGCCUGGCUUCAAUGAUGAGCGUAACAUGGACCACGAAUAUUUUGGGUUGGAGGUGCCACCCAGUAUGGAACCACACACCAAACUCCUGCUUCUGGCAGCCACCUUCUUACUGAAUCACAUGUUCUUUGAGAUGAGCUGAGUGAUGGUGGCAGAGUGUUAGUGGACUACAACUACUGAGACACACCAGCGAAACAAGAUACUGCAACACAUACACCAAGUCUGCUGUGGUUUUGAGGGCCCCCUCUGGUGAAAAAAUAAGUAUCAAAAACAUACCAAACCUAAGAAAACAACCCCACCAACCUGCAGUGUGAGACUUUGAAUAGUUUUCUUCUUAACAAUUGCUUUCCAGUUUUUAAUAUUUAUGUGUAUAUAUGUGUAAUUACUCCUGCAUUUCAACUUGCGACUGUGUAGCACAGAGUAGCUUUAGAACUAUAGGUGUACUGUCAAACUGUAGGUGUGCUGGUGUGCUUGUGCUGCAGCGAAUGGAGAAGCUGUGGGUGGAUGGUGAGAGAUGGUGACUUAAUGGAUCUGUACAUUCUGGAAGCAGUAAUGUAGGGUUAUAUAAAACCCAUCUUAUGUCAGGAAACGAUUAUAUUUACAUGAGGAAAAAAAUAUGUACAUACAUACAUACAUACAUAUAUAUAUAUAUAUAACUUUGAUAUAUGGAGAUGAGUUUUUAGAGGUUUAAUGAGCGACCAGUAAAGGAAUUUACCAUAACAAAAAAGGCAGUUGUAUCCUUAACACACUCCAAGACUUCUGCUCAGUUCCAGCAUCCACUUCUAAAAGAACAUGACAAUGAAUCACCUUUAGCAGCAGAUGCAUAUUUAACAUUUAUUGCUAUAAUCCAUCAGGUGUACAUCCAACAGUGUUUCUUCACUUUUGACACACACACCUGCACCCAUCACAACGCCACCACAUAUGGGCAGUAUUACAGUUUUUCAACAAACUAUAGGCGCUUUUCUCAACACGGGUCCAAAAAAAUGCUCCCCAAGAUAAAAACUGUAACAGGCCCUGCCCUUGGGCCCAGUUUCUUUUCUUUUACUACAAAAUGGAAAAGGAGUGAAGGUCAGUGUUUCAGGAGUCCUAUACACCUUUUGCUGAGGACGUUAAAGCAAAGCCCUUCCCUUGGAUUCGUAGAAGGCGGGGGGAAAGACAGAACUGACAGAAGGGAAACCUGGUUCGGGUUGGGCUUGAGGCCAGGCACAGUGAUUUAGGCAGCUUGGCAGUUCAUUCGAAAGAUGCCAGUUAUACAACCUUCUGCCCAACACAGGAUGGUCCUCAUCCUUUGGGAUUCAACUUCCAUGUCAAAGAUGGAGAAUCGUCGCUGAUUCAAUUAAGCGAUCUUUGAAGCGGAUUGUAUUUACAAAUAUAUCAUACACAAUAAUAGUAUCCAUUCUAGUUCAAAAUGACCAGAGGACUUGUAGUUAAAAUACAGCACUGUAAUAAAAUAACAUCUACCUGCAACCCUGUUUGAGUCCCAAUAAAACAUAUUAACACGAACUUUCAACAGCAGGUGUGAUGUCAUGGUAAGCAAUAAAAUCAUAUCUCGUGUUA